UCAUCCUCCACCACAUCUCUUUUAGAGUAACGCUGUUAAUACAAUCAGUCCAAUUUUGCAGUAGAAGACCAGGACCCCCCUCCCUCUUACUGAAAUAUCACGUCAAACCAUAACAAGAUGGCCUCCAUGUCUGUGGACCCAGUGACAGAGCCUCGGAUGUAUCAGCAAACGCUACUACAAGAUGGGCUGUGUGAUCUUCUGGAGACUAACAAGUUUGUGGACUGUAUUCUGAAGAUCAAAGACAGAGAGUUUCCUUGUCAUCGGCUGGUGCUAGCUGCCAGCAGCCCUUACUUCAAAGCCAUGUUCCUCUCAGAUCUGGAGGAGAGCAAAAAACAGGAGAUUGUUCUAAAAGACAUAGAGCCUGGAGUCAUGGGAAUGAUCCUGAGAUACAUAUACACCUCGGACAUCAAUCUUACUGAGCAGAAUGUCCAAGACAUUUUCAUGGCAGCCAACAUGUACCAGAUACCUUCAAUCUUCAGUGUGUGUGUGUCCUAUCUGCAACAGAAACUGGUUCUCAGUAACUGUCUGGCCAUCUUCAGACUGGGGCUGUUACUGGACUGUCCACGCUUGGCUAUGGAGGCGCGAGACUUCAUCUGCGAACGGUAUCAACUCAUCAUCCGGGACCAGGACUUCCAUCAACUCGGCCCCAGUGAGUUGGCUGCUAUCAUCACAUGUGACUCCCUGAAUGUUGAGCGAGAAGAGCUGGUGUUUGAGUCUUUAAUGGACUGGGUUCAGUAUGACACGGUGGAAAGGCUAAAGGACUUGCCAAAACUUCUCCACUGUGUACGCUUCCGUCUUAUGCCAACAAGUUACUUUAAUGAGAAAGUAGAGGGUCAUCGAUUAAUCAAGAUGAACCAGGAGCUCAAGAAGGAGCUCCAGCUUAUCAAGGAUGCACAGAGAGGACUGCUACAUAGGGUCAAGAGGUCAUCGCAUGGGAAGGAAGGAGCAACGGCAUAUUGUGAUGAUGAGGAUGAAGAGGGUUUGCUGCCAGGGAUCCUAAACGACAACCCACGUUUUGGGAUGUUUCAAACAGACCUUAUAUUAAUGAUUAGCAAUGCAGGAACGGUAGCCUACGAGCCUGUCUCAAAUGAGUGCUAUAUGGCAUCAUCAUCCACAGAGAUCCCAAAGAAUCACUGCAGUAUUGUCACAAAGGAGAAUCAGAUCUUUGUUGCUGGAGGUCUCCUGUACAGUGAGGAAAAUAAAGAUGUGCCUUUGAGUUCAUACUUUCUGCAGUUUGAUCCUAUGAGUUCAGAAUGGUUGGGGAUGCCUUCACUACCGAACCCUCGCUGCCUGUUUGGCCUGGCAGAGGCUGAGAACUCCAUCUAUGUGGUUGGAGGAAAAGAACUGAAGGAGGGAGAACAUGCACUUGAUUCUGUUAUGAUCUACGACAGACAGUCAUUCAAAUGGGGAGAGUCUGACCCUCUUCCGUAUGCAGUUUAUGGACAUGGAACCAUCUCACACAAAGGGCUGGUCUAUACGAUAGGUGGAAAAACUGAGAGCAAGAAGUGCCUAAGGAGAGUGUGUGUCUAUGACCCCACCAAGUUUGAAUGGAAGGAUCUGGCACCUAUGAAAACAGCCCGCUCACUGUUUGGCACUGCUGUUCACAAAGACAAAAUCUAUGUAGUGACUGGAGUCACUGAUAACGGUCUUACUAGCAGUGUGGAGGUCUAUGACAUUGCCCUCAACUCCUGGUCAGAGUUUGUAGAGUUCCCUCAGGAGAGGAGCUCUCUUAACCUGACCGAACUGGGUGGCUGCUUGUAUGCUGUGGGGGGUUUUGCCAUGAUGCCCAAUGAGACCACAGACAAAAUGGAGCCCACUGAGAUGAAUGACAUAUGGAGGUUUGAUGAGGAGCAGAACUGUUGGAAUGGGAUCCUGAGAGAGAUUUGUUAUGCUGCAGGGGCCACAGUGCUUGGAGUGCGUCUGAACACAUUGCGACUCACAAAGAUGUGAUCUACAGCUGUCAUCUAUAGACAAAAUAUAUCAGAUGUACUACAAGAGCAACACUGCAAAACAAUGAACACUGUCCUCCUCUUUAUGAAUGAGCUAAAAGUAUCUCCAAAUUCCAUUGUAUCUUUACUAAUGAAUUUUACAGACAUAGCUUGCUUAAUGUUGAUAUAGUUAGUUUGUGAAAGAUCUGAAGGUAAUAUGUGUUGUAAAUGUUGCAAGUUAUUAUGAAACUGAGUUGGUCUGUCUACAGCAAAUCCUCUAAAAAAAAGAUGCUGCUGUUUCCAAGAACACUCAGCAGAUGGAAACAAAGACAAGACCAUUCGUUUUUCAUAGGAUUGCUUUGUUAGUCAUUUUUGGUAAUUAACUGCAGGAUCAUUUGACCUAAUUUAAAUAUCCAUGUACAUUGAUGUCUAUCAUUCUAUUAUAUGUUAUAUUUCAUAUCACUAUAAGUUAAUAUUUUAAAAUUAUGACCAAGUACAAUGUGAAAAUUAGUUAAAUAAAAGGAAACAAUAAAAAAAAAAAAACUUAAUAUAGACAGAUACCAAACUAAAAGGAAAACACUUACAUCAUACAUUUUCAAUUGUUAAAUGUCAGUACACACAUACAUUUUCCAAAGCCACCUGAACAUAACGAAGAAAUAAAAAGAAAUUAUUAAUUGUGGAAUAA